AUGGGCAUUCCUCGGCGAAUGGGCCAGAGAAGGCCAAAUCGGUGUUGGGGGCCGCGAGGCCGGGCGCGGGCAGAGAAGAAAAGCAAGAGGUCAACGGGUGAUCGCGAGCAGUAUGCUGGUUUUGUUGAGCACUUUCCGUCUACGGAGUAUGUUUGCUGCCCAGCUGUUGGUUGCUUUAUAUACAUUUUGCACGCAGACUGUCUGUCAUCAUGGUCUCAUUUCAAGCCCGUCGCGGAGAGCAUUUUGGGGCUGCACUUUUACCGGGGGCGGACUGACUCCAGCCACCAAGGGAGGGAUCUUUGGGACCAAUUAGCAUCUCGUAUUGGUGCAUUAAAUGGGGACAAACGACAUGUGAAGUACACAGCGGGGCUCAGAAAGUCACAUUGGAACAAGGGCCCUCAAUCAUUAUUACUAUUUCUUUCCGCGAUUUUUCGAGCUUUCCCUACUAUGGGUUCGACGUGCUGGGAAUGCGGCAAAUACUUCCCUUCGGGACCAGUCGCGCUGGGGCAGCACUGCCAAAGCACCAGCCACACCGAAUGCCGCCGCUGCUACGAGACGUUUAACAAUGCGCAAGACCGCAUUGACCACGAGGCGGAUCAGCAUGCAUACUGCGAGGAUUGCGAUCGCGAAUUCCAAAGUCCUAAUAAUGCCCGCCAGCAUUUGAACUCCAGAACCCACCGCGGCUAUUCGAUCCAAUGCCCUUUGUGUGGCAAGGCAUAUACCACCGCAACCGGCAUAGUCUACCACCUCGAAUCUGGUAGUUGCCCCAACGCGCAGAACCUCUCGCGAGACGAAGUUUUUCGGCUCGUCCGCAGCCGUGACCCACAAGGCGUCAUCUCAAAAAAGCUAAUCGGUUGGACGGGCGAUGUCGAGUACGAGGCCACGCAUCAUACCUGGAAUGGAUACGGCUACGAGUGUUACCUCUGCCACCGUGUUUUCCAUCAAAUUCACAGCCUAAGCCAGCAUCUGAACUCUCCCGCCCUCGGCGGCAAUGAAAAUGGUACUGAUCGACGCGGGAGUUGUGGAUUUUAG